AUGAAGACCAACUUGGUGGGGAUCUCAGGCCAAAAGGAAGAGGCCAGCAAGGAGAGAGAGAUGCAUGCCAUAGAGUCCUUGAACAGGCGAGGCAGCCUGGACUCCAACAGGGAGGAUGGCACAGCCACUCUCAUCCUUACCCUCACCCUCUGCAAUGUGAAGAAGACUGAGCUCUCUAGGGCAGCCAAAAUCUUCGAGAUGUUUGAAACUCAGAUCCAUCACUUUGAAACCAGACAAGCCAAAAAGCCCGAGAACUCUGCUGUCGAUCUCGACAUUUUUGUUGAGUGUGAAGUUCACAGUGCUGAUGUUAGUAUCCUUAUCACCUCCCUAAAGAGAGUAGGAGAAGAUGUGAAAACUAUCAGAGAAGACAAAGUGCCCUGGUUCCCCAGAAAAAUCCAAGAUCUGGACAAGUGUCACCAUCUGAUCACUAACUAUGAUCCCAGUUUAGACCACGGCCACCCUGGAUUCGCCGACCUGGAGUAUAAGAAACGGAGGGCAUUCUUUGCUGACCUUGCCUUUAAUUACAGAGCAGGAGACCCUUUGCCUCACAUCGAGUACACAGAGCAGGAGACUGCAACUUGGAGAGAAGUCUACAGGAAGCUGAGCAGCCUUUACCCUACUCAUGCCUGUACACAGUACCUGGAUGCUUUCCAGCAGCUGGAGAAAUACUGUGGCUACCAAGAGGAUAACAUACCUCAGCUUCAGGACGUCUCCAGAUUUUUGAAAGAGAGAACAGGUUUCCAGCUGAGACCAGCUGCAGGACUGCUGUCUGCUCGUGACUUCCUUGCCAGCCUGGCAUUUCGUGUCUUCCAAAGCACACAGUAUAUAAGGCAUUUCUCUUCUCCUAUGCAUUCCCCAGAACCAGACUGCUGCCAUGAGUUGUUGGGUCAUGUUCCCAUGCUAGCUGACAAGAAGUUUGCCCAGUUCUCACAGGAUAUUGGACUGGCUUCUCUUGGAUCAUCUGAAGCGGAGAUUGAGAAACUGGCCACACUUUAUUGGUUCACUGUGGAGUUUGGUCUCUGCAAGCAAAACGGAUCCAUCAAAGCUUACGGGGCAGGACUGCUUUCGUCUUAUGGGGAGCUUAUGUACGCUUUAUCAAACAAGCCAGAGUACAAGCCUUUUGAUCCAGAAGUGACUGCAGUUCACCCCUACCAAGAUCAAGCCUUCCAGCCCGUCUAUUUUGUAGCAGAAAAUUUGGAAGAUGCCAAGGCCAAGCUUCAAGACUACAUGAUGAAGAUCAAGAAGCCUUUUUCUCUGCACUACGACCCGUUCACCUGCACCAUAGAGGUUAUGAACACACCUCAGAAAGUCCAGAGGGCACUCAGUCAAAUGAAAGAGGAACUGAAAAACCUCUGCUUGGCCCUUGAAAACCUCUCUUAA